GAAAAAUCUGUUCACACAGCAAGGACGUGCCAGAUGGGUCCUAGCUUCUUGUCACUCGAUCUCGUCGAUCUCAGAAGUCUCGGCUCAGAGAUGUGCAGAUUAUGCCUCGCAGAUUGCGAAGUUCAUUUUUCAUAGGACGUGAUGCGAUCAAAAGAGUGGACCGUAGAACUUCUUUUGACGGCCUCCAUUCGCUGGUCGCUGGCUGCACGCCCGUCCGAUGGUCUUGGGCCUCAUUUGCAUAGCCGUCCAGACGCAGCGGCUCUCUUCAUGGAAGAUCCAGUGACCCCUGUGGCGAAAGUGGAUCCUGAGGGAAAGGCCGUCGCGAAGUUGGCCGAGCCAGCCGCAGGGCCUGCGCCUCCCACGGCUCCCGCUGAGCCCGCCUCGGUGGAGAAGAGCAAUGAGACCGAAAAGACCGAAAAGACCGAGUCCAAAGAGGAGGCUCCGUGUGAGCCGAUUCCUGGCUCUGAUAAGUGGGGAAGGAUGAAAUCGAAGCCAAACACAGAACCGAAGGGCAAUGCAUAUUGUUGUGCCCGCGGUUGCAGAUACAUCGUGGAGAAGGACAAAUGUGAUGAAUGCAAGAAAGAUCUCCAUACUGUUUUUCCGCCUCAAAAGGAUAUUGACAAAUAUCAAGAGAACCGAAAGUUCCGAAUUCCCACGGGCAUCGACAGCUACAGUGGAGUGGUCUCAAAAGGAUGCAGCAAGAAGAAUGCCGUGAUGUGUCAUGACGAGGAAAAGGCGAAGGUUUGCUGCUGCAACCUAGGCUACGUCUUCGAUUUCAAAACCAGGGAAUGCGUAGUCGACAAUGAGGAUGCGGCUAACAAAGAGGAUCCCAUUCCAGGAAGUCAGACCUGGGGAUUCACUCACAAGAAAGGUGCUGCAGACAAGUGCAUGAACGACCAGAAAAAAUGGUGUUGUCACCGGGGCUGCGUUUAUGAGCUGGAGCAUGACAAAUGUGGCCAUUGUGCUGGUUACGCGGAUCCAGCUCCUGCGCCUGCAGAGCAAGUGAUUCUGGAGUUUUCUGGUCGUGGCCGAUGGCGGAUACCCAAGUCGAUCGACAAGCCAAGUUGGAUGCGUGGGAAGUGCAGCACCAAAGAUGCUCAAGCAUGUCCAGGCGAAAGCUCUGGGAAGAAGGACCACUGCUGCUGCUUCCAAGGCAAACUCUUCUCCUUUGAGACUCGAACAUGCGUCGACCCGCCCAGCCUGCAGAAGGAAGAGGCGCAAGAAUAUCAGGCCAUGCAGUCUCAAAACCAAGCGAAUGCCAAGGAGCAGAGGGUGGAAAAUCCUCAACAAUUAGAUCAAGGGCCGCCUCCCCCUGGAGCUCCGCCGCCGCCGGCUGCGGGGCCCCCGGGCAACGCGCCGCCGGAGGGAGCUUCCGGCGGGUCCUCCAAAGCGGCUGCGGUGCAGAGCAUGGCCACCGUGGCGAAAAGCAUGAAGUCUGGCGCUUCAGCACAAAGGUUGGCACCGCUGGCCGUGUUCAUGCUGAUGUCGAUAAGAGGUACCUUCUGAGAGCCUCUGAGGUCUCACCCAAGCCGCAUGCAAAUGGUCAACUCGCUUGGCAAAAUGGACACAGACCGGUCGACUGGGAGAUGUGGGAAGGACGGGACACCCCAAAUGUUAUCGACCUAAUAGCGAUGGCCUCCAACCUAAUAGCGAC